AUGAAUUCUUGCAAGUACAGAGACAAUCGCCAUGUUAGUAUGGGUGCAGAGAAAUGGUUGGACAUUGAACUCUGGGACUCUACUCAAGAGUGCUUUGAAGUUAUAAAGUCGCGGGGUUAUCGAAGUGCCACACCACAUGUUGGAAUGGAAGCGGUAUCUGUUUAUGACAUGGAUUGGUCAUGCCCAACUGCAAUAGUAGUUGGAAAUGAGAAUAGGGGGAUAAGCGAUGAAGCCCUGAAACUGUCGGAUUUGCACUGCAGUAUUCCAAUGAAAGGCAUGGUAGACUCAUUCAAUGUUUCAGUUGCAGCAGGCAUCCUCAUGCACUAUGCUGUUUGUGACAGAAAUUCUCGCCUGGGCUGUCAUGGUGAUUUGACAUCAGAAGAAAGCCAGAUCCUACUAGCGGAGUUCUCUCUGCGUCAUAGCAAGAGUGCAAUAAGCAUUGCUCAUGAGUAUGCGAAGCGCAAGGCAGCUACACCCGUGCCAAAGUUUUGA